AUGACUCCAGUCAUUGAAAUCCUGAAGUCUACACGUGUGGUCAUGGUUGAGCUCCUGGCUCCUGGUUUCAGCCUGGCUCAGCUUCAGCUCUUGUUAGGUUUUGGACAGAAAAUUUUGGUAGGCUUUUCAGACUGGUCUCAAGUGGAACACCUCCUUUUGGUCUGUAUCUCAAUUUUCUACUCUCUAACUCUGUUUGGCAACAGCACCAUCAUUGCUCUCUCCCGACUAGACCUUCGUCUGCACACGCCCAUGUACUUCUUCUUGUCCCACCUCUCCUUCCUGGACCUCUGCUAUACUACCAGCACUGUGCCACAGCUUCUGGUCAACCUGCAUGGACUUGACCGGACCAUCACCUAUGGUGGCUGUAUGACACAGCUCUUUGUGUCUCUGGCUCUGGGAUCCACUGAGUGUGUGCUGUUGGUGGUGAUGGCCUUUGACCGCUAUGCUGCUGUGUGUCGGCCACUCCACUACACUGCCGUUAUGCACCCUCGGUUAUGCCAGCUAAUGGGUAUUGCCUCCUGGGUGGGAGGCUUCAUGAACUCUCUGAUUCAGACAAGCCUCAUGAUGACCAGACCACUCUGUGGUCUCCAUCACCUAAACCACUUCUGUGAGAUGCCUGCACUGCUUAAGUUGGCUUGUGAGGACACAGAAGAAAGGGAGAAGAAAAUGCAUGUGUUUAGAGCCACAGUGUUGAUGGUCCCUGUAACAUUCAUUCUAACCGCCUAUGUACACCUUUUCCAGGCAGUGCUGAAGAUCAAGUCGAUGUCUGGACACAGAAAGGCUUUUGGAAUGUGUGAGUCCCACCUUUUGAUUGUUGUUUUUUAUAGAUCAGGCAUGUAUACUUAUCUCCAACCUGUGAAAAAUUACUGUGAAGGAAAGUUUGUUGUUCAUUUCUAUACUGUAAUAACUCCCAUGCUUAAUCUUCUGAUUUAUACCCUGAUGAGCAAGGAUGUGAGGGAGCUUUGUCGAAUGUGCUAG